AUGGCACCACCCGCCAAGGAUUCUCGACUACCGCAUCAAUGGACGGAUUUCGAGCUCAACACCGUCCUGGCCCUCAUCUGCAAAGACGAGCAUCUGCGCAACACAAGUACCAUACCAGCAGCAGCUCCUUCAAGUAGCUUCCGGGACGUCAAGGAGCUACUCUCACGAUUGGAGAGAGAUAAAAGGGGCGCUUUUUUCUUUAUCGAGCGUCAGCGCCGACCCCAACGCAUCACUCGUACUAAGCGACUGGUAUUCCAGCGUAACUUGAACUUCAACGGCACCCGGGAGGAAUGGGAAGUUGAAGGGCGGCAGGAAGCGCUUGUUGCCCAGAAGGCCGUGGGAGUCCACGGCGGACGCGAAUCUACGUUCACCAACUUGGACGGCGUGCAAAUCCAGAGAUCAGAGCCGGGCGCAGCAUACACUACUCAGCCUGAAGCGAGUCGUGAGAGCAAAGCCUGGAGACCACCCUCGGAUGAUGGCAAGAGUAAUAAACUGCCGAAAGGGCAGCUUGAGCAGUAUUGCAAGUUCCAUGGUCUUACGCCCGGUGAGCUAAUCAGUAUGAGACUGGUUCCUGGAGAGUCUGAGGAACUUGGCGUCGGUCAGUGUCUUGCCCCAGUCGCUACACGUCAUUUAGUCCUUGUACAGUUGAAAGCUUUGGCUAACCUCCAAGCAGACACGACUCAGCAGGUUAGCUUUAGACUACAGCAACAAGGAGAGGGUCGUGCUAGGUAUGAGCGUUCUCAUAUUCCCGUCCUGUCUGGGGCUGGAUGGGGCGUUGCUGCACCGCGGUACACAGGGGCUUCUUUGACUCACAUGCCUAUGGGCAGCUCUGUAAUUAGCACAGGAGAAGCUCCAUUGAGAUAUCGGCAGACUCCCACCUAUCAGAUCGGCGCACAACACACAUCCUAUCCGAUGUACAGCAGAGUAUGGGGCUUUACCGACGGUCAAAGUGCUGCCAUAAUGCCGCAGACAGAGAAUCAAACUACUGCUGCCCAAACUGGGAACAAUCCUUCCGAGCCGACGAAUGCGGGACAAGGCUUUGAUCCUGGUCGAAAAAGCCUGUUUCCAAACGGCAGUGGUGAUCUUUGA